CUCCCUGCUUUCUGGUCUGAAAACUUAUCGCGAGUCUUGGAAUAAGCUUGUGGAGGUUGCAGAAAAUGAGUUCUCGCGACAGUUACUUGGUUGCUAUAGUUGUGAAAAACUUAAUCUGAACCGCGGCAGAGAACAAAGGAGAACAGAAGAACUUUGCCCAAUUACUGAUAUGGAACAGGUGCCAACAGGAGGUAGACUGGUGCAGAUCACUGUGACAGAUGGAUAUGAUUUGAAAGGUUACAAAGGAGAUACUCCAGUUACUUUUGUUCGAGCGGAAUUCAAUCAGGUGACUCUGGGAGACUCUGCAAAAAUUACUGUCUCUUCAGAGGGAACUGCAAAGUACAACUUCACUAGCAGUUUUGAGUUCAAUCCUGAAGGAGGAAUCACUUUGAAUGACCUCGCUCACAAUCCUGUAUUCUUAACUGUGACUGAAGUUUUACAAAAGGAAAAGAAACAGAAAGAUGAGAAGAACUUAAUACUAGGUCAAGCUGUGGUGGAUCUUCUUCCCUUACUGGAAGGAGAGAGUUCAUUUGAAAUGGUGGUUCCUUUGCAUCCUGUGCAGGGCUCACCCUUAGAAACCCCUCGACCAGGCUCUAAGCAAUGCAGUCUUGAAGUUAAAGUAUCUGUGGCAGAGCCCUUACUGACUGCAGCACAGGUCUUGGGGAGCAAUCUACUGAAGGUCACUUUGGAGGGUGCCUACUCUGUGCCUGAAUCCUUCGUUCCAACAGGGACUCAGCAGAACUACAUGGUUGGUCUGCAGGUUCCAUCACUUGGAGAGAAGGACUAUCCCAUUUUAUUCAAGAAUGGAACACUGAAGCUUGGAGGGGAAAGAGAAACUUUUCCCCGACCCAAAAAAUGGCCUAUUGCCAACAUUCUGGCUCCAGGAGCUAAUAAUAUUCCUGAUGCGUACAUUGUUGGUGGUCCCUAUGAGGAAGAAGAAGGAGAACUCAACCACCCUGAGGACAGAGAAUUUAGGAACCAAGCAGAGUACACAAAGAAAAGGAUUAUUUGGGACUUGGAAAGUCGCUGUUACCUUGAUCCUCCUGCAGUUGUCAGCACUCUACCACUGAGCAACAACACCAGCCCCUAUAUAAUAAAUUUUUAUAUUUUAUUUUCCUCAUACAGAGUCAAGGAAAUGAUUCCUCCAAGGCCUCCCCUUACCCGUUGGACAGGAGGUGCUCAGAAGGCAGUGAGUGAUUACCACACUCAGAUCAAGAACAUUUCUAAAGCCAUUCUGGAUGAAUACUACAGAAUGUUUGGAAAACAGGUUGGGAGUAACAUAGACAGUGAAACCUUAGAGGAGCAGAAGUGCCAGCUCAAUUAUGAAUUUAACUCCUCUGGAAAAUACUUUGCUUUCAAAGAACAACUCAAGCAUGCAGUGGUGAAGAUUGUGAGAGAGAAAUAUUUGAGGACAACGUCAUUUGAAAGCCAGGAGGAACUGCAGACAUUUAUCAGUGAGCUUUACGUAUUCUUGGUAGAUCAGAUGCAUGUGGCCCUAAAUGAGGCCAUGCCAGAUGAUGUCCAAAGCACUGUUUCAGCCGUUCAUACAAGCAGUGAACAGCUUCGACUCUUUGCAUUUGAAGCAGAGGUUAAUGAAAACUUUGAAAUGGCAGCAGUGUAUUAUAAAGAGAGGUUGGUCCGUGAGCCGCAGAACCUAGAUCACUGGCUGGACUAUGGUGCCUUCUGCCUACUAACUGAAGACAACAUCAAAGCACAAGAGUGUUUUCGGAAAGCCCUUUCCUUGAAUGAGAGUCACAUCCAGAGCUUGUUGCUCUGUGGUGUCCUGGCUGUCUUGAUGGAAAACUAUGAGCAAGCAGAAAUUUUCUUUGAGGAUGCCACUUGCUUGGAACCAACCAAUGUUGUAGCCUGGACUUUACUUGGUUUGUACUAUGAAAUUCAAAACAAUGAUAUUCGAAUGGAAAUGGCAUUUCACGAGGCUGUCAAACAACUUCAGGCACGAGCAGUUCAAACACAAGUAACAAAGGAAAAGAGCACUGAUAAUGUAGAGUGUGCUGAAGAAGGAGGGAAUAUAGAAUCCAGUUUAGGCCCUUGGGGAACCAUAAAUGAUUCUUCUUCCGCAGCAGUCAAGGCUGUAGGAGCAGGAGGUAGAAAUGGAGCAGGAGCUGCAUUAUCCAUUCUAGAUGAAUUUCUUGAAGAAUCUUCCAAACUGCCAUCUGAGUCAGGAGAACUCAUAUUGUCUACACAAUUUCAGGAUUCAAGUAUUGACCCCAAACAAUCCAACCUGUUUUUCAAGGAGAUACCAGAAAAAAAAGAAACACCAAAAUUUCAAGAUUCAUCAGCUAUUCUGCAACCUGCUCCUUAUUCUGGUGUUUCCCAAACUCCUGCUACAAUCUUCAUGGAGACCAUACGCUUCUUGAUGAAAGUCAAUGCUGUGCAGUAUGUGCACAGAGUGCUCGCACAUGAGCUGUUAUGCCCUCAAGGAGGCCCCAGCUGUGAGUAUUACUUGGUGCUGGCCCAGACACACCUUCUGAAGAAGGACUUUACCAAGGCAGAGGAAUGCCUUCAACAUGCAGUCCGGCUGGACUACCUGAACCCUAAUGUCUGGGGCAUGAAAGGUCAUCUCUAUUUUCUGAGAGGAGAUCAUGCUGAGGCCAAGGCAUGCUAUGAGCGAACCAUUAGUUUUGUAUUGGAUGCUUCUGAGAUGCACUUCAUAUUCCUGCGACUGGGGCUCAUCUAUCUGGAAGAGAAAGAGUACGAAAAGGCAAAGAAAACCUACCUGCAAGCCUGUAAGAGGUCACCUUCAUGUCUAACCUGGCUAGGAGUGGGAAUCGCCUGUUAUCGGCUGGAAGAGCUCAUGGAGGCUGAAGAUGCUCUCUCUGAAGCUAAUGUGUUAAACAACUACAAUGCUGAAGUAUGGGCAUACCUGGCUCUGGUCUGCCUGAAAGCUGGACGGCAACUAGAAGCAGAGCAGGCUUACAAGUACACACUAAAGCUGAAACUGAAAGAUGAGGCUCUACUUGCAGAAAUCCACACAGUACAGGAGAUGGUUGGCUUCGGAAAUCCAUCUUUCUGACAUCCUUAAAACCGAAGAAUUUUCUGUAUGGGACUCCGAGCUCCUUUCCUUUCCAGAGAAAGUUUCACCAUAUGAAGCCUAGAGCUGGAGAACCAAAGAAUGUUUGUUUUCAAUGAAGAGAAACUCAUUCAUUUAUUUCCAUUGGCUGUUACUGGAUGUUUUACUAAUCCAUAUAAACUGGAUCAUAAUAAAAAUGUAAACAAACAGACAA